UAGUAGUGGGUUGGAGAAUGGCCCGCGUAUGAGACGAUUGAAUAUUCAUCAUCAUCCAAAACAAGAAAGAGACAACCGUUAUUUAACGUUUUCACCCACACUCUCACCGUUAUCUUCAUCUUCAUUAUACCUUUGUCCUUUCCCUUUCUUUUCUUCAUACAUUACAGAAAACCACUAAUACAGAGACACCUACAAAGAUUUUUCAUUCAAAUUAAUAUACCAUAUUUCCAUUUCAUUACAAUUAUUAUUCUGACUACUCAAAUUAAAUCAAAUGGCAAUAGCCACUAACUUCAACUUCCACACAACCCUUCCCCCCUCUUCUCCAUAUCCCACGCGCUGUCUUCCUCACUUGUCAAAGACCAAUAUACCCUCCACAACUUUCUUUGGAGGAGGUACCCUCAAAUUCAAAUAUGCCGCCGCAUUCGCAACCACACCAACCAAACGCGGCGGUGGUUCACUCAACGUUCGGAUGUCGUGGGAUGGCCCACUCUCUUCCGUAAAAUUAAUCAUCCAGGGUAAAAAUAUGGAGCUGAGUGAUGCGGUGAAGCAGCACGUGGAGGAGAAAGUAGGGAGGGCAAUUGAGAAGCAUAGCUACCUAGUGAGAGAGGUUGAUGUCAGGCUAUCCACUCGUGGGGGAGGAGAAUUUGGACGUGGACCUAGAACACGUAGAUGCGAGGUGACUUUGUUUACAAAGAGACAUGGGGUGGUGCGCGCUGAGGAACAUGCAGAAACUACUUAUGGAAGUAUAGAUUUAGUGUCCUCAAUCAUUCAGAGAAAGUUGAGAAAGAUCAAGGAAAAAGAGACAGAUCAUGGUCGCCACAUGAAGGGAUCCAAUAGAUUGAAGUUUAGGGAGGCCGUAUUGCCACUACCCACAGAGGAGGAGGAUGAAAUUGAAAUGUCGCCACAGAAAAAGGAGGAGGAACAAGAAUUUAUUGAAGAGGUCGUUCGGACCAAAUACUUUGACAUGCCUCCUUUAACCGUGUCCGAAGCAAUUGACCAGCUGGAAAAUGUUCAUCAUGACUUCUAUGCUUUUCGAAAUGAAGAAACUGGGGAGAUUAAUAUUGUAUACAAAAGAAAAGAAGGAGGUUAUGGACUCAUUAUACCCAAAGGAGACGGUGAAGCCGAUCCAUUGGAGCCUAUAGUGGUUGAACCAGCAAAAGAACCCACUCUCAAAGAAUGAAAGUCAUUCCACGACAAACUCAUUUUGUAACAACACAAGCGCUUGUACAUGAUUAGCGGAUAAUAAUUGCACUUUCUUUGGAGCUAGAAGUUGCAUAGGAAAUUCCAACGGAUGGCUAGUGAUUGUAAAAUGAAAGAUUAAGAGAUACACAAAUAGACUGUGCUGCUGAAAACUUCAACAACACAUAUUUUUCUCUAACAAUGUCGUCUGCGUGUUUUUAAUAAUCAGUGUUGUUCUGCUCUGUGUUUAUUGCUUUUCCAGCUUACACUGUAAAAUUUCAAAUAAUUUUUCCACUUUAGUCCUUUA